AUGUCAUCCAGGAAAGCCAAAUCCGGAUCCAGCAAGAAGACGGUCGAUAAGGUCACCCCAGGUGGUGAUGCGGCAGUUGACGGUCACAACGUCCAAGCGACUACGACUGAGCUGCAGAAGGACGAAACGAACGCUAAGGAUUCGGCGAUUAAAGUGUUUGUCCAUCCUCCCCCCAGCGAACAGGUAAAUGAUAAAGUUACCAAUGAAUCCAACCGGCGGGGAGCAAAUCCUAAGGAAAAGGAUACCGCCGAGAAAAAUAAAACGAACGUAGUCAAACGUAAUCCGUUCCGCCGCGUACGAAAGAAUCGGGUCGGUCAUUGUCAAGUGUGUGAUGAGCGUGAUAAUAGUCGAAUGGUUCAGUGUGACGGUUGCAAUGAGUGGUAUCAUUUCUCGUGUGUAGAAGUGUCAGAAGGGAUUGCUGACGUGAGCUGGAUCUGCAUGAACUGCGAACACGCAAAGGAUCUAACCCCUUCCCCUCUGCAUACCCCCAACGUAAGCAGUACCACAUCCACUGUACGGUCAAAGAGCAAGGCAAGCAGCAUCGGAAGUCAGGCCAAACGGAGACAAGCUUUGGAACUACAAUGGUUAGAGGAGGAAAAGGAGUUGGAACGACGAUAUUUAGAACUCAAGUACAAGAUUCUGUUAGAGGGCGGUAGCGACUGCUCGUCGAUUGUUAGUGAACCCCAAUCAGUAUCAAUGUCGAAGGUGAAGAAGUGGAUAGACGACACGGAUGGAUACGGCGAGAAGGUUGACUGCGGAUCUGAAGCCGAGGAACUAGAGAAACGUCCACCGAGGAACUCGACUGCGUCUAUAGAGCACCAUGCUCCAGUUCCAGAUCAGCAGCGUGCGACUCAAGUUAAUAUCCAACUCCGACGACCCCCACAACGUGUUUCCGGCCAACAAGAGACUCGGCCAAUCUUCGGCAGCUCCCAUAUGCGACAAUCAGUCGCUCUCGCACCGGAGGCUGGAUCAUGGGUCGAAGCGAAUGCGUUUGUACCAGGUCAGCGUUCCACCCCCGUUGGACGACCAUCCCUCCCAGCGCAUGGGCUCAGUGACGACACGGCUUGUGUGUUGAAUCGAAGUCAAAUCGCCGCACGCCAGGCAGUUUCGAAGGAUUUGCCGGACUUCAGUGGUAAUCCGGAAGAUUGGCCGCUGUUCUUCUCGAUGUUUAACUCGUCGACUCAGAUGUGCGGAUUCUCCAAUGAGGAAAAUAUGUUACGGUUGCGUAAGUGCUUGAAAGGAAGAGCAUUGGAAGCAGUAAGAUGUCGCCUGCUCCACCCAUCGAACGUUGCGGGAGUCCUUUCAACUCUCAAGAUGCUCUAUGGACGACCGGAAGCAAUCGUGCAGGCGGUUAUCAAGAAGAUACGAUCAUUGCCGUCACCGAGCAUAGAGAAGUUGGAGACAGUGGUGAACUUCGCGCUGACAGUUGAGAAUUUGGUCGCUACCAUUCAAGCGUGUGAGGUUAGUGACUUCGUCUACAAUGCAUCGCUGCGAUACGAGUUAGUAGGGAGGUUGCCACCAACGUUGAAGCUGAGCUGGGCCAGGUUCUCAAGGAACAACCCUACUCCGAACCUAUUGGAUUUCAGUACGUGGCUGUACGAGACAGCAGACGAUGCAAGUGCGGUCGUAGAUACCGUAUUCAGCGAUCAACGGUUUCGCGGUACUAAGCGGGAUGGCUUCUUGAAUGUUCACUCGGAAAUAGACUCUAAGGAUUCGAAAUCAGCCAACUCUCCACAGAAACCAACCAUCGUUGACACCAAGAAGUGCGUGGCGUGCAAAGGGGAUUGUACGAUGCUGGCCAAGUGCAAACAGUUCGUAGACCUAAGCUACGAUUCGAAGUGGGCGACAGUAAGAGCUUACAAACUUUGUCGCAAAUGCCUGCGUAAACACAACGGGUCAUGUAGACAAGAAAAACCAUGCGGAACGAAUGGCUGUACAUAUCUGCACCAUCCUCUGCUUCACGGUUACGGAAACCCUCGAUCUGGUGAAUCUCCUACAGCAGCCGCUGUUUACGAGAAGAGUUGCAACGUGCACCAAGUGCAGUCGGAGAUCUUGUUCAGAGUAGUUCCGGUCAUUGUAUACGGCCCAUCGAAGGCAAUUCGAACCUACGCAUUCCUGGACGACGGCUCAGAACUCACGCUUCUAGAACAGAGUUUAGCAGACGAGCUUGGGUUAAGGGGACCAAAGAAUCCACUGUGCCUGAAGUGGACAGGCGAAACCACCAAGAUCGAAAACAGAUCACAAAACGUUAGUCUUCAAAUCUCCAGUGUAACGAACCCGAUCAAGAGGUAUGAUCUCUCCAGUGUACGAACGAUCAGAAAUUUGCAGAUCCGACCACAGACUCUCCUUACCUCGGAGUUGCAACAGAGAUACCAGCACCUCAUGGGACUACCGAUUGAGUCGUAUAACGAGGCCAAUCCGCGAAUCCUAAUCGGCUUGGAUAAUGCCACUCUCGGAUAUGCAAUGAAGAGUCGCGAAGGACAGUCAAAUGAGCCGAUUGCAAUCAAAACACGGCUCGGCUGGAUUGUUUUCGGCAGUUGUGUGGGAGAGAAGAAUGCUGGGCACUACGUAAACUAUCAUGCGCUACAGAUUUGCCAGUGCAACAGAGAGACCAGUGAAGAUCUUCACGAACUCGUCAAAGGUUAUUUUGCCCUCGACAGCUUGGGCAUAUCUAAGCAAAGUAAACUACUUCUGUCACACGAGGACCAACGAGCACAGUCAAUGCUGGAAUCACUCACUCGGCCCGUAGACAGCCGUUUCGAAUCCGGGCUUCUAUGGAAGUACGAUUCGGUCCGACUUCCGGAUAGUGCAGCGAUGGCACUGCGAAGAUGGCGAUGCCUAGAUAACCGCAUGAAGAAGGAUCCACUUCUGGCGGGAGAAUUGAACGCGAAAAUCCAGGAUCAUAUCAACAAAGGCUACAUUCGCAAGUUGUCCGCGGAAGAGCUGGAAGUAAACCGCCCACGAGUUUGGUACCUUCCGAUAUUUCCAAUCGUCAAUCCGAACAAGCCGGGCAAAACGAGACUCGUAUGGGAUGCAGCUGCCACCGCCUUUGGAGUUUCACUCAACUCAGUUCUGUUAAAAGGCCCAGACCAACUGACAUCUCUUCUAUCUGUUCUGAUCCAGUUCCGGGAAUUUCGGACAGCGGUAUGCGGCGACAUCCGUGAGAUGUACCACCAAGUAAGGAUGCGGGAGGACGACCAGCAUUGCCAACGCUUCUUCUGGAAGGCCUGCGAGACAGAUAUCGACCCUAGCGUCUACGUAGUGCAGGUAAUGACGUUCGGCGCAUGCUGCUCGCCGAGUACGGCACAAUACGUAAAAAAUUACAAUGCAAAGAGAUUCGAACAAGAACACCCAGAAGCAGUUCACGCAAUCGUAAAGCAACACUACGUUGACGAUAUGCUUCUGAGUGUGGAAUCUGAGGAGGAAGCAAUACAAGUGGUUCGAGAAGUACAGACAGUGCACAGAUCAGCAGGCUUCGAAAUGCGGAACUGGAUCUCCAACUCACCCAGAGUUGUGGCAGCUAUGAGCGAAACAGGCUCCGAUGAGAAAAGCCUCAGUAUCGGCGACAAACACGUGUCAGAACGGGUUCUCGGAAUGUGGUGGAACACCUCAACAGACUGCUUCACAUAUAAAAUGUCACCGCGGUACGAGCAGCUACUGAUCAGUGGGCAGCGACGACCGACAAAACGCGAAGUGCUUCGGACGUUAAUGAUGAUAUUCGAUCCCUUAGGACUCAUAGCACACUUCCUAAUGCAACUAAAAUCCUUGCUGCAAGAAAUCUGGAGAACUUCAGUCGGCUGGGAUGACCCCAUCGAUGAGUCGUUGUUUCAAAAGUGGUUGUCAUGGCUGACAGUGUUGCCGCAGGUAUCGUCUAUCGAAAUACCUCGAUGCUACCGAACACUCACAUCCGCGACGGACGGAACGGUGGUACAACUGCACACGUUCGUCGACGCAAGCGAGAACGGUUUCGCAGCUGCAGUGUAUUUGCGUUUUCAGGAAAGAGAAACCAUCGAAUGCAGACUGGCCGGAGCAAAGACGAGAGUCGCGCCGUUAAAGUUUCUCUCCAUUCCGAAGUCCGAACUGCAAGCCGCUGUGAUAGGCGUGAGAUCAGCGGGAACCAUUGCCAAAUCGCUAUCCGUCAAAAUCAAUCAACGUUUCUUCUGGACUGACUCCAGAGAUGUCCUCUGCUGGCUCAACUCGGAUCACCGUCGGUAUAGCCAAUUCGUGGCCUUCCGUGUUAGCGAGAUCCUGGAAACGACGAACGUCAACGAAUGGCAGUGGGUGCCAACGAAGCUGAACGUGGCAGACGAGGGAACCAAAUGGACACGAGCUCCAGAUAUGACAGCCUCUAGAAGCAUGGCCUGUUUCCCCGCACUCAUUUGGAUCGACUAA